GGAGCCGCCGGGGAUUGGCUCGGCCGAGCGCGAUCCGAAGGUGCCGGGGAAGCCAUCUGCAGCGCAGGCGGUUUCGCCGCCGCUGUGCGGGGGGAGGGAGUGGGCUCUCCCGUGCGGGAGGCUGGGGGAUUUUUUUUUUUUUUUCCUUCCUACCUUUCCCCCCCCCACCACCACCCUCCUCCGCCUUCCUUUUCACGGGAUCAUGGCCACGGCGGCGGGGCCGUGAUGUCCGCGGGAGCAGCCCCGCUGCGGCAAUGCUUCCCGCCGCAGCUCUAGGCAGGGGAGGCGUUUGAGCGGCGGCCGCACAUCCUCCGGCACCGCGGCGGCACCGCCGCCUCUCCGCGCCCCGGACCGGCGGAGAGGCGCUUCGCCGCCCUCCCGCCAACAGCACACCCAUCAAGCCGGGCUUUAAAUUGAUUACAACCACACUAGAGCCCCACCGGUGCUCAGAGGCGGGAGGGAUCGCAGAGCCGCGCACAACAUGGCCACUCUGCUGCGGAAAAUCGGGCUGAUCCGGCUGCACAGCCGGGACACGGAGGACCCCAAGCACCACCACCACCGCAGCAGCAGCCAGCAGGGCUCCUCGCUCCGCGGCAGAGGCAACCAGAAGAACAGCAGCAACAAGCCGCAGCCGCAGGGCCCCCCCGGGGGCGGCUGCAGCAGUAGCAGCAGCGAGGGCAGCCCCGGGGGCCACAAGAACAAGAAGGCGCCGGAGCCGGCCAAGCAGCCGCCGCAGCAGGCGCGCUCGGGAGUCGGCCGGGAGAAGCCCCGGGAGCUGGGCAGGGAGCCCGGCGCCGGCAAGGAGGCGGCGCAGCGGCCCGGCCCCGGCUCCGGCCCCGGGUGCGGGUCGGGGCCGGCGGCGCUGGUGCCCGCGGGCCGGCAGCAGCACUGCACGCAGGUGCGGACCCGGCGGCUGAUGAAGGAGCUGCAGGACAUCGCGCGGCUCAGCGACCGCUUCAUCUCGGUGGAGCUGGUGGACGAGAGCCUCUUCGACUGGAACGUGAAGCUGCACCAGGUGGACAAGGACUCGGUGCUGUGGCAGGACAUGAAGGAGACCAACACGGAGUACAUCCUGCUCAACCUCACCUUCCCCGACAACUUCCCUUUCUCGCCGCCCUUCAUGAGGGUGCUUAGCCCCCGCCUGGAGAACGGCUACGUCCUGGAUGGCGGGGCCAUCUGCAUGGAGCUGCUCACCCCCCGCGGCUGGUCCAGCGCCUACACCGUGGAGGCCGUCAUGAGGCAGUUCGCCGCCAGCCUGGUCAAGGGGCAGGCUCUGCAAAGCCCAUGGAACUUCUGCAGUGACUCCUUGAUAGAGAUACAAGUCAGCUAUAAUCCCAAACCUGCAUUCAAAGAUGAGUGAAAAUAAACCCGAGGAAGGAAGACAUAAGCCUGUGUUAUGAAAUGGCCCAGAGCUCAGAUGCUUAUCAUAGUCAGGCUUUAUGAGCUGUGGAAUGACUUGGUAUUUUUCCUGUUUCUAAGCUUGUUCUACAAAUGGUAACAAGCCCCCAGCUGCAGUAAGAAGGACUUGUUUCCAUAAUACAUGUCCGUGAAAAAACCGAAGCAUCAUGAAACAGAAGAAAUUGAUGUUAUUAGUUUUUCAAAUUUUCUAUUAAUUUCUAGAAAUAUUAAAUUUUCUGUGUAUUUGAUAAUAUUAUUUCCAUUAAAAUAUACAUGUCAUUGAAGUGUUCUAUAAUUAUUUGUGAGAGGAUGUUGAAGCACUUAGCCUGAGAAAAGGUGAUCUGAGUUUACCUUCCAGGUUUUGCCACUGACUUCAGGUGCAGUCAUAUAACUUCACUAUAUUCCUCUUUCCCACACGUAAAGUACAGACAAACUUAUAAAUGACCCAAAGGUCAUUUGAGGAUAUGUGCUUGAAGCACUCAGAGGGCUCUCUGAGUAGAUGUCCAUGUGCAUCAGUAUGAAACACACUGCAGUCAAGAGAUUGGCACAGUCAUAUAAAUAGCAGUAGAAAAGCACAUCCACUUGUGACUCUGAUCUUACUAAAUUUAGUUUUAACUCGAUUAGAUGUUCCCAGAGGCAACCUGUUUUUUACUACUGUUUUGCUCUUGGGUUUUUUUUUGUUUUAGCAUUGUAAAACUUAGGGGAAUGUGAAGAUAGGCAUUGCUGUGGUGCCUUUGUCUUUACAGCCUGUCACAAAGGAUGGUUGGGUUGGCUUUGCUUUGGUUGGGUUCACGCCCAUGACUAUGUUUGACUGGGGUAGCUUCAGGUUCCUGAUGUGGAGGACCUAUGGGCUUAUGCAGAGUUGCUGUCAUGUUCCCAGCCUUCUCACCUGGACUGGCCCUCAGGAACUCUGCCAGUGCCUGGUUCCACAUGUAGGUAGUCGAGGGAGCUCAGCAAAAGACAGAAGACAGAAUACACAGCUGAGAAAACAUCCCUCUGUCACCUAGACUAGCAAGAGCCCUUCUGGUGGCAAGGAACAGGGACUGUCUCUUUUGGCAGGAGCCCACUCUGUUGUCAUACCUUCAGCCCUGGAGAUGCUUGAGUCACCAAUAAUGUAGCCAGCCACCCAAAUUUUCUUAUUCUUUUGCCAAAGCAGAGACUUUGUCCCACCCAUAAAAUGCAGGGAGGGAGUUUCUUAACCCUCAUCUGUGCUGAAAUCAAGCUGCCAGCUCGGUGCUGACUUGGGAGAGGUGAGGGAGAGCAGCACAGCGCUCUGUAGCUGUCAGACAGAGACUGGGGCUGUAAGUGUUUGUAUCGAUUAAGAGCUACUGGCACCAGGCUACUGGCACAGACAAAUGAGCAUGAAUAAUUACUCAGCUGCAACUCAAAUUUCUUUUUCCUGGACAAAGAACAUUUAUGCUCCCAGAAGGCACAAUUUAUAGGACGCUUUAAAGCCAGAACUUGCUAUGUUUUCGCUUCUCUUAUGGAUUAUUCUUAAAAAGGAGACCGAAAAAGGCAUGGAAGUACUGCUUUGGAAAUUACACAUUUACAGGAAAACCUCCUUGUUUUAAUUCACUUAUGCUGCAGCAUUAUGAGUAUUUGUCUGUAUCACUUUCUAUACCACUUUACUUUAGCUGUAGCUAAUAAUCAUAUACAGUGCAAUAUAAAUUGUGUGCAGUUUUUGAGACGUGAUUAACUGUGCCUCAUCAGUACAUGAAGGAAAAAAAUUAUAAACCAUGUAAUUGGGGGGAGAGACUGUGUAUAUUGCGCUCUAACAGCGGUGUUGUGACACAUUGCAAUCACUGCACUGAGAGCAUGACAGUACUCACUUCAGCAUCGCUCUGCUUUUGAAUGCGUCUCUAAAGCCAGUGGAAAUAUUUUCCUCUGAAAGCUUGCUUAAAUAUUCUAGGAUAAGGCUGUUUCAGGCUUGAGCGCUGAGUGCCUCUGUUCCUUAUCAGAAAAUGUUUGAGUGUGUUUGCGUAGAAUAGUUGGGGCCCAAAGCCAUUAGUCACUGGCACAUUAUGGAGCAUGUUAUACACUGGAAACUCAUAGCGUGCUUCAAUAUUUAAGAAAUCCAUGGAUUUUGUGUCAUACAUGGAGAAACCUGGCACAACAGACUUGGAAAAUGGGCAUAUCAUGGUGGAUCAUCUUUCUGUCCAUGAAGGGAUUGCCGUAGAUGCUGUGCCUGGCAUAGUGACUCUCUGCAGUCUUUUGUGUGCUUCUCUCUCUCUGCUUAUUUUCCAUCUCUUGACAUUUACCUAGGGUUGGGUCAGCAGAACCUGCUGUAGAGAUCUGUUAAGAGAUGGAGGCAGAAAAGGGAACUGCAGCCAUCCAUGUGUCCUUUUGCUGGCUUACAUGAUGGGCCAAGGUUAGCUCCACGUGCAGAAGUCUUGUGCGAUUUGCCCUUGGGAGACCAACCUGGAGUUAUUUGCAUUGCCAGGACUAAUGAAAGUACACAGGGCUGAAGAGAUUGUGUUAAGAGCUGUGCUAACAACAUGAAGGUUUGCCUGCUUCUGAGUGUCUUAGCUGUGCACUACUGGAAAUUUACACAGCUUUUUGUUAGCUAGUCCACGUAAAACACCUGGACGUGACUGAAGGUUUGCUAUGACACCUCAGAGAUCCACAGCACAGGAGCUUACUGUGCUUAUUGUUGUUUCCACAAUAAUAUCAGCCCUGUAAGGGCUCAUGGCUGUGUACACUAAAGCUCUGAAAAUUUGGGACCUAACAAAGCAGGGAGUGGCAUCAGGAGUAGACUGAGCACAACCUUGAAGGGUUCAGGACCUGGCUGUGUGGUGCCACAGCUGGCCUGUGUUGGCAGUUCAGCUCCAAGUGUUUAAGCUGCACUUGGAGACCACCACAGGUCCCUUCCAGGUAGUUCUUUUGGUGAUUGCAUGAUCCUGUGAAAGGUUGACCUCUGUUACACAGUCCCCUCCUUCUAGGGAAUGCCAACAGGACACACAUGGAAGCACACCUGGUACUGUCCUAAAAUCAUUGGGUUUGGAUCUGGGAGCUACUAUAAUUUAUUUGACAAGAGAGGGAACUCUGUUUGCCCAGAGAAAUCCUCUUGAGGCUGUCCUGACUCUGAAAGGACCAGAAGAAAUGGCAAGACUGCUUUUCAUUACACCAUAGGCCAGCUGUGGGUAAAUAUAUGGUCAUAGUGGGCUCAAGAGUUUCAGGCUUCAUAUUUGGUUUUUGUACAGGAUGUAACUCUGUCUUUGGACUACUUUGUGAUCUGGUGAUGCUGGGGAAGAAUUGACAUGGCACAUUGCUGACAGUGGUACUGACAAAUUUUAAAGAGCUCAUAGUUGUUGAGUUAGAUAUUUUUGAGGAUAUGCUUCAGUGUCACAGAGCAUUAUGAAGGGGAGAUGUGUUCACAGAGACUACUGUGGCAUCACUUGGAAGAAGAGAAGCUGCCAGAUUUGCCAAGAGAGGUCCAUAGAUGUGAAUGUGUCAUGUUUUAACCUCAGCUGCCAACCGAAUGCUACACAGUCACUCCCUCACCUCAUCCCAUGUCUGGGGAGGAGAAUCAGAAAAAAGAGUAAAAAUUUGUGGAUUGAGAUAAGGAGUUUGAUGAUUGAAACUAAGUAAAAUAUACUAAUAAUUAUAAUAAUAACAAAAAAUUGUAAUUAAAGACAGAGAGACAAAAAACAACACAAGAAAACCUACUGAUGCACAAUACCUUUACUCACCAGCCAUUGACAGAUUCCCAGCCCCAUCCCAAAGCAGUGACUGGCCCCUCCCAGCCAACUCUCCCCAGUUAAUAUACUGGGCAUGAUGUUCUGUGAUGUGGAACAUCCCUUUGGCAAUUCAGCUCGCUGUCCUGGCCAUGUUCCCUCUUGGCUUCUUGUGCGCCUGCUCACUGGUAGAGUACAAGGCACUGUGAAAAAUCUUUGGCUUAGUGUGAGCAUUGCUUAGCAUCAACUAAAACAUCAGGGUGUUAUCAACAUCAUUCUCAUGCUGAAUCCAAACCACCACUUCUACUAGAAAGAAAAUGAGCUCUAUUACAACUGAAACCAGGACAGGGGGACAAAUCAUACAUGAGAUUCACCUUGGGUCUUUUGCAGAGCAUGGCAGGAGGGAGUGGUUGGUCCCUUGGUAUGGCCAGGGUCCUGAGAAGGCUGCCCACAGCAGAUCGUGUUCCAGGAGGUCUUUCUGCCCACUGUUCUCAGGGUUAUAGACUGGAUGCUUAUCAGCUAUUUGUGCAGGCUCAUUGGUUUGGGCAAAGCCUGGGUGAGAGGCAUGCGAUUGCUGGCUGUGCCACGCAGGCUGGCCGCAGCAGGAGCACGAGCGAGGGAGGAGGCUGAGCGCAGCACAUGUCCCCCUGCGCUUCAGCGCGGCUGCAUAAAAACCAGUUGGGUGCUGUGGCAUUGCUUUCACCUUUCAUAUGUUUCUAGCUUGUUAAAAUUAUAUCUUGAUAAGUACAUGAAGUCACAGCAGAUGGCAAAAUCUGAAACGUUCUCUCCAACUCUUUAAUUAGGUUUUCCGUUAUCCCUUUAUGAAAGGCGCUCUGCGAGCGUCUGAAAGUAUUGCAAGUAUUUAAAUAAGCUCCUGGUGCGACUUCUCAGAGCUGAAGUCGACCGUGAUAUCUUUAUGAAAGGCUUUCUUGGGGUUUUGCCGUUGUUUUUAAGCUCUUGUGGAAUGUUUUGAUCUUGUUCAGAUAACAGUUUGAUAUCUUUCCUUGAUGUGGUGCUGGACACAUCAAAAAACGCUGGCCAUGCAAAUGAUCUGUAUUCCUUACCCGGGCAGUAGUGACACAUGUGGUUUGGGGAUUGGUCAAAAUGCGGUUGUGCCUGACAGAGCUGUGGACAGCACAUAUUUACAUACUGUAUUUACCAUCGCUGCCAUGCUUACAGAAUGCAGCAGCUCUCAGGCUCCUGCCCAGAGUUAAAAUGACUGCAUGUUUAAGUAGCAGGCUGAAAAUAAACUGUAGUCAGGGCUGGUAGCGGUGCCCAGUAAAACAUUUGACACUUUCUUCUAUAAUUGCAUCCAAAAUGACUUUUUUUACUUAAAUUUGGGAAGAAUUAUUUGGGAAUGGCAAAAAAAUAAAAAUCAGUAGAUUUUUAUCUAAAUCAGUAGAUUUAAUCAGUAGUUUAAAAAACUAAAGGACAGUAGAUACCACCCAAGUAUAGGCUUGAAAACAUCUGAAGUUGGUCAACUGAAAUUCCAGCCUUCUUUCUUUUUACCCCAGGUUUACUUGAGGCACCAAAUAGGGAAACUUUCAGUCUAGGAGGUUAAAUUUUAUCCAGAUUAUAAACAGCUGACAGGAUAUUGGUUAAUAAGAGACAGUGCUGACCAUGCCACCCAUGGUUCCUGUAUAAGCAUAGAAAUACAUGGACUGCAGCAGGGUAGAAUUAGCUGGCCUUUGAUGGUGCAGUUCACAUACAACCUGUAUAUGGUACCAGAGUGGAAGUGGAUUUAAUGAUCUGUUGCAUUAAUAAAAGAAAGGAUUCAGAUUAAACUCAUGAAAUGAUGCUCCUUUCAUCUGAUAUGGCUCCAGUAACAUUUUGCAUGAUGUGAUGAUCCUUACCACAUCAUUACGACACCAGAGAAUUCUUACAUUCCUGCUUUGAAAGCUGUACAUAAUCAACACUAAACAUGAGCUGUUCACAAUGCAAAGGUCCUACUUCUAGGUACAGCUUAGUAUUAUUACUUUGUAAAAGCUGAGUGAGAUGUGAAUCAUACUGUCCUAGUGCUAUGCUUAUAAUUUAGAAAGGUAUCAAAGCCUUAAAGGAUAAAAAAUAAUGUGCAAAACACGGGAGAUGACAAAUGGAUCUAAUCCAGAAAUUAAGCAGCAGAGUAAGUUUAUUUUUAAUUUAGAAGUAUUUCAUCGGUGAGAUUUUGAUGACAGCAUUUUCUGUGCUGAUUUAAUCUUCUGUUGCUCUUUGUUUUUUCUUUUCCUGUGUUUCUCUGAGUGUGCUUCCAACAAAACCUCAGAUUAGGAAGAAAUUACACAAUGUUUUGUAACAACAAAAAUACUGCUGCAGAAUAAUUAUGAUUGAUAAUUAUAUAUGAUAUAAUAAUGUAUUAUGAUUAUUGAAUAAAAUUUUAAAAAUAUGUUACCCAGCUUUAUUUAAUUAUUCCAUCUGUCACAACUAAAAAUGAGAUUUUCUAAGAAAAUUUAUGAUCAGGACUCAGUUGAGAACCAUUCAGAUCAUCCUUAUUUGGGACAUAUUAAUUGCUGAAUUUGUGUGGAGAUGUAGAAGGUGUCUUGCUGUUUGAUCUAUCAAGGGGGUUUAAAGAGGAAAUAGAUUUCUAGUCUGUAAAUGGCAGCUAGGGAGAAAGGUGAGGAAAAGCACUGACAGGUAAAACAGAGGUUUUGGGGAAAAACAAAUGGGUAUAAAUUGACUGUGAGUGAAUCACAGUCAAUUUAUACCCAUUGGAGGUAUAAAUUGGAGGGUGUUCGUAAUCUUUGGUUAAGGUGUGCUCUGAGAGACCACUCAAACUGCACUGAAAAAUUAUUUGUUAAAACAGGAGUAGGAAACCGCUUUUUCUUUCAUGUGCCCAUAGUUUUGCUGUAACAGGAGCAGUGCUGAACACAAAAGAGCCUCUGCAAUAUUGUGACAGCUUUCUAGAAGGAAAUUGUUUGUCCACACUGCAGACUAAUCUUACUCAUUCUAGUCUGUAAAAGUAAAUUCGAUACUCCGAGGACAGGUUUUGUUUUCUUUUUUCCCAUUUCCUCCCUUUUCUUCCCUCGAUAUACCUGACUAUUUUCUCAGUAUUUGUUGCAUGCUAAUGCAAAUGCCAAUUUUUUGGUUUAAAUUCCAAAUUGACAAUAAAAUCAGGGGAGCAAAAGAUUAUUUUUGAGCUAAAAAACAGAAAAAAAUGAGAACAUACUAAGCUGAACAGAAAAAUGAUAACAUACUAACUUGGUUCUUAAUAAUUGUAACACUGUUAUAUGGUAUCUGCUCAUCAGAUACAAUUUAUUGUUAAAAAGGCUUUCAGUGCAAUCUGAAACAAUUACUAAAAUUACUAGACUAGUGACUUUAAUAAACUUCUAUUUUGUAACAAAUCCAGUAGGCAUAAAUACUUUAAAGGUAUUUAUUUUAAUUAUUUUGUUUAAAGGUAUUCAUUGUUGUAGAGUGAUUGUAGUGUAGUGAUUCAUUGUGUAGAUUGUAUUAAUCUGCAGCUAUAAUUUUUACUUUUAUCUCUUGGUUGGUAAUUGACACAGACCAGUGUGAAAAAUAAGGUAAGAUAUUGAUAACUCAGUAAAAGUCUCUACUGCCAAACGAGAAUUUGAAUUUUCAUACAGCUGUGCAGUUAGAGGUAAUAUAAUAAUAGCAGGGUAAUAAAAGUACAGUAUAUGUAAAUGGGUAUAUUUUCAUUCAUUAUCAAACUUGGCAUGAAGGGUAAUAAACAAAUUACAACUUUAGAUUUAAGAUGGAAGCAAGUCGGUUUAAGGCCGUUCUUUUAGAAAGGGCAGAGCUGUUCGUUUCUCACGGGUGGGUGGCAGGAAGAAGGAUGGAGUGUGUCCCGCGGGGUGGAUGUGACCUUUGUGUCCCUGCGGGGGCGAGGCACGGGCAGUCGCUGUCUGCCAGGGCUGCCCCCGGCGGGGCAGGAGGGCCAGCAGGGGUGGGCAGGAGGGGCCUCACGCCAAGCACGGAAUGCCGGGGGUGUCCGGGAGCAGCCGAGAGGGAGGCGAGCCCCGAGGCACGGCCGCGGCAGCAGCCACGGGGCAGCGCGCCAGGGCAGGGGCUCGCCGGGCAGGAACAGCCCCGCAGAUGCC